AUGACGAAAAUCGGUGAGACUCAAAAAGCCUUAGCAGAAAAGUACGGUACUAGUGAAAUCACCAUCCGCAAUAUAGAAUCACACAGAAAAGAGAUUAUAACAUAUUUCGAGACCAGCACACUGACUGAUAGUCAAUCCACAAAAUAUUUAAGAACGUCACAGAGAAGGGAUUUGGAGAGAGUUCUUUACCAGUGGUGCAUGCGAUGUAAAAAUAGAGGUAUAAAAUUAACAGGAGUACUAAUACGCAAAACAGCACGGGAAUUUAAUGAAAAAUUAUACAGAGAUCCUAAUUUUAAAGCCAGUUCGAGCUUGUUGAUAAAAUUUAAGCACCGUCACAAUAUCUGUAAAACGGAUAUCUACGAUAUCGGAUAUCUACGAACCACAAAACAAACUGCAGCGGAUAUCUUCAAAAUUAAGUUUAAAGAAUUGCUGAACCGCCAGGGGUACACAUUGGAGAACGUUUACAAUGUCGAUUACACAGGACUAAUAUGGAGAAGAGUACCAGAAGAAACUUUGAUGUUUCACAGGGAAGAAUCGACAGCAAGCCCAAAAAUGUACAAGGAUCACGUUACUAUACUUCUUUGUGCAAAUGCUACCGGAUGUCACAAGUUGGCGGCACUAGUAAUCGCCAAAUUUGGGGAUUCUCAAGAUUCCAAGAAGAUGAAUAUUAAUUCUCUGUCAAUUAUGUACGAGGAGAACAGCAAAGCAUUGAUGGACGGUAAUAUGUUCAAUAAAUGGUUCGAAAAAUGUUUCUUAAAAUCAGUUAUAAAAAAACAAAAGAGAAGGGGACGCAGAGAGAAAAUUUUGUUGAUGGUAGAUAAUGCUAGGUGGGAUUACAAUCUCGACGAAGCAGAAAACAAAGAUGAAUUCGUCUUUGUGACGUGUUUUCCAUAUCACGGUACACCACUCAUACAACCAACGGAUUGCGGAAUAAUGGAAUGUUUCAAGCGAAUGUACCGAAAAGAAUUGGUGGAAACAAUAAUGCCAUUACCUAUCUAUUAUACGCAGGAAGAGGCGGUAUCAAACCAUAAGGGUUUAAUCAUGUGGGAUUGUUGCCGCAUGGUACAAGAUGCUUGGUCAAAUGUUGAAGAUACAAUACUGGAAAAGGCGUGGGGCAAGCUUUUGAAGGAGAAAGACGAACAGAAUUUUAGAGAGAGGCAAAUAAUAGAAGCGGACAUAGAUAAAACAGUUGCAUUGCUGCAUGAAUUACCAGGAUGUCAAUGGUGUAACACAGUCGAUGUAAAGAGCUGGUAUGAAAUUGAUAGUGAAGAGAAAAUGUUCAUGAAAGUAUGUACCGACGAAGUUCUUCGAGAUUUUGAAAACAAUGCUUUGGAUUAA